CUGACAGCCACACGCAUGUUUUUAUAGUUAUAGUUUAAUAUAGUAUAGUAUGUUAGUGCAAGUUAGUUGAAUGUAAGAGGUCAAGUGCAUAGUGCCCCUACCUCGGCGGCAUGUGGGGCGCGGCGCUGCUCCUGCUGGGUGGGGCGCUGGUGGGGCUGGGUGGGGCGGCCGGGGAAGACGACUCGCCGUAUAAUGAGUACUACGACAGGGAUCCGGCGCUGAACUACGAGGAGGAAGAGGAGGGAGACUUCUACGCGAUAUAUGAUGAGACGGACACGAUAGCGACUCUCCUGACGGAUCCUGUGACCGUCACGGUCUCGCGGAAGCGCCGCUACGAGGAGCCAGCCAACGCCAUCGAGCCGCAGAGAAUGCAGUACAUACAAGAUGUGCUGAAGCAAGUGAUGGCAGGGCGCGACAUCGAGGACGAGCUGGACGGCCUGGCCGACAACGAGGACGGCUUCCCCUUCCGACCCAGCAGGACUUCCGAGAUGCGGCCCGCCGUCCGAUACUCGCCAACAGCAACAAAAAUAAUAAUAAAUACAACGAGUGUCGACGACGUGGAAACUGUGACUGAGCCCAGCAACACUUAUACUACGGUAAGCAUCAUGUGACCGAAGAAUAGGAUUAAAUCCUCAGCAUAUAAGUUGUACAGUGCAGCAGAUGUCACGGUGCCAGCAAUCACUUUAGCAUUGAUGAGAUAAGAUGCAUAUACCUACGUUUUACUUUUACUUACUUUUCCACUCUUUUUCGGAUUUUCAUCAUGUUGACGCCAAUUCAAUAUGGCAGCUGAAGUGGCAGUGUUGCGUGUGGCAAAGUAAAUAAUUGGAAAGCUCCACUG